UCUGUUUUAUACGGUAUGCCAUGGGUUUUUUAAUUGUUAUUUCGAGAUAUGGCCGCACAUGAAAGCUAGGCUAAAUUCCACUCUCUGGCAAAUUAAGAUUCAUAACUGUCUGAAUCAGACAAAUGUGACUGUGCGGCAGACUGUGUUUAGAAGGUCCACAUCAUUCAACAAACGUGAUUAAAUUAGCAGGAGACAGAUUUCAAGUUCAAGAGCUAAGUUACUCACACUACGGAGUACGGUACCGGUACAUAGUCGACGUCGGGUGAGUGCACUCAUCAAUGAACAAGACUUCACCAAGCUGUCCAACAUUAAUAAGAGUGACCACUUGUGUGUGAGAGAGGAUAUUCUUUCAUUUUAACCAUGAACUGGAUUUGUGUGCACUACAUGUAGAACGGAGGCAUUCCCAAUGAAGGAAAAACAGAAAGAGAAAACAGGGCGGGCCAAUGAUCUGAAGAUGAGCCGUCAUGGCAUCCGGUUAAGAACGCAGCCUCGUCUCGACUCCAAGUGGCUCAAAAUUGAUAUUCAAGGAGCGUUUGGUAAUGUAUCUUUGAGUCAUCUAUGGAAUGAGUUAGUACGAGAAGGUGAAGUGACAGUAGGAUUAUCAGACAGCAUCAUCAACUCAGCUGGUUUUCCUGCAAGAAAAGGUGAGACAGGGAAGUACUACUGUGGCCGUAGGGUUUUGACAUGCACCUGUUGUGAGGGACGAUGUGGGCCAACCAAGGGGUGCAACUGUUCCUCCUGUCAGAAACUAGAUGAUGAAGAGAAGCACACAGAUACCAAAGAUGCCCUUCAUUCUACCAGCUUUAUUGAGUCUUGGACAUGGGGAACUCAGCCAGAUGUGGGUGAGUUGAGGAAUUGUUUGACAUCUCUGAUCACUGAGCAAAGAGACCUUCUAGCUCAGGCUGCAUUGUCCACCCUAUCAUCAGUCAGAUUACGUCAGAGACUUGUCAUCUUAGAGAGAUACUUCUUAGCACUCGCAAGGCAGAGUCCAGAACAGAAGGCUACUAUUAUUGGUAAAAUACAGGAAGAGACAACCAAAGAGGUUGAACAAACUAAGAGCGUCAAGAAACUGAAGGAACGUGCCACUGCAUCUCUAGCCAGGGUUGGUGCCAGGACAGCUCUAUCCUUUGCCUUUGCCUUCCUGCGUCGUGCUUGGAGAUCAGGAGAAGAUUCUGACCUGUGUUCAGAGCUACUACGUGAUGCAUUGGAAGCUCUUCAGUCACUCCCAGAGGCUACUCUCUUUGAUGAAUCAUCUAUGUCAAGUGUUUGGGUGGAGGUGGUGGAGAAAGCAACCAACUUCCUCAAAUCAGUUGUUGUCGGUGACCUGAAUGCUUGCGCCAGUGCCAAAGGAGUGGACACCAUCCCAGUUGCAGACCAGCAUAGUGCCCUAGCCCUUCUUCUAGAGCUUGCUGUCCAACGUGGCACCCUUGGCCAUCUCCUGGAUGCCACACUCCUCCUACUUCAGCUAUGGGACAAGGGACGUCAAGAACCCGAUAACAGGAACAGUCCUCAAGGUACUACUGCACCUAUGGUACCUCUCCUCAAGAGGUUUGAGAAUGUACCAAGUCCUAAGGGAAGGUUCCUCAUUGAAGCGGUCAGUGGAAGUCCAGAGGCUCCUCUUGGUAUGACACCUAGUCCGACAGAGUGUUUCCUGCGUUAUCUUGAGAUUCCUGAUGAUGAGGAUGCUUCUAUUGACUUCCAGCAGGCUGCAGUCAUCAUCAUGUCUCACCUAGAUAGACUAGCUGCUCCAUACAUGCCUCCUCCACUCACUCAGAAGGGUCCUCUGAUUCCUCAAGGUCAAGAGGUGUGGGGAUGGGGUUUACUGCCAUUCAAGAUGUCUGGUAGUAACCCUACCUGUGCUAGCCCCUGUAUGCUAGAGUCUCUCAGUGAGUUUGGUGUGGUUCAGAUGGCCUGCUCUGAGAGAUGUCUCAUUGUCCUGACUAGAACCAGCAAGGUCUACAUACAGCAUUUCAACAACGAACCUCCGGGAUUUCAUCUAGUAGAUGGUUUAUCCAACAAGGAUGUGAUACAGAUUGCAGCACAUCCUGAGGGCAAGCAUUAUCUAGCUCUAACAGCCGACUGGGAAGUCUAUGCAUGGGGUAAUGGUGAAGGAGGAAGAUUAGGUCUAGGAAAUUUGAGUGCUAAAGAAGAUCCCACCCUAGUUCCUGGUUUACCAUCAAAGAUUACUGGUCAACAUGUUGUUCAGAUAGCCUGCGGGAGUUCAUACAGUGCUGUAUUGACAUCUAAUGGAGAAGUGUAUACAUGGGGAAGGGGUAUCUACGGCAGAUUAGGACAUGGUAACAGUGAAGAUCACCUUACUCCCAAACUUGUCAAUGGGUUAAAGGAACAGAAGAUUGUUCACAUUGCUCUAGGAAGUAACGAUGGUCAGACUCUUGCUGUUACAGAUACUGGAUUACUAUACUCCUUUGGAAAUGGUGACUAUGGUAAGCUAGGACGAGGUGGUAGUGAUGGAUGCAAGGUUCCUAAACUGGUUGAUAAACUACAAGGACAACAUGCUAUCAAAGCCUGCUGUGGAAAUCAGUACUCAGUCAUACUCACCAAAGCUGGAACAGUCUAUACCUGGGGCAAAGGUGAUUUGCACAGACUUGGCCAUGGGUCUGAGGAACACCAGAGAUUUCCAAAGAUGAUCGAAGCGUUGCGAGGAAAGAAGAUUGUUGACAUCCAAUCAGCAGGUUGCCAUACAGUGGCCAUAGCAGAGUCUGGAGAGUUCUUCUGCUGGGGACGUAACGAUCAGGGUCAGUUAGGGCUGGGUGAGGCUGCAUUGAAAUCCAGCAAGGGUGAACCUACUCUCAUUGAAUGCAUGGAAGGAAAGAAGCUUUGCGGAUUGGCUUGUGGAGUUGCUCAGACUUUUGCUUGGACAUCUAGUGCCCACUGGUCAGUUGGUCUUCAUGUACCAUUCAGUGUUGAUGUUACUCGGACUACCUUUGAGAAGCUAGACUUGCUCCUACAGAGAGUUUGUGAGGGUAUAGAAGGAUCAGGAGACUGGCCCCCUCCACAGGAGAAGGAAUGUAUGGUUGUAGCUGCUCUGAAUCUCUUACGGCUCCAGCUUCAUGUAGCCAUCAGUCAGAGCCAGGAUCAUGAACAUCUAGGACUAGGUCCUAAGAGUCCUCUUCUAUCAAACCUGAAGCAGAGGAUAGUAGAGCUUGCUAGUAAAGCAGGAAUCAUUACCACAGUCCAGAAUGCUGCACAAGCUACCUUACAGACAGGAUGGUCCAUGCUGCUUCCUACUGCUGAGGAAAGGGCAAAGGCUCUAUCUGCUCUACUGCCCAGUGGAGGGACUGAAACCGUUUCAAUGACACCCGGUCGUCGCUUCAUGAUGGACCUAUUGGUUGGAAGUCUGAUGGCGGAUGGAGGCCUGGAAUCAGCCCUCCAUGCUGCUAUACGAGCUGAAAUCAGACAAAUGGAGAACCAGAGAGAAAAAGACAUUGCAGACCCUGGUAGUGAGGCUGAGAUGGAGGAGGAGGAUGGACCGCAUCUUGGUCCAGAGGUUACCAGGGAUUCUGGAGAUCAGGUGCCUAUAGAAGGCAGGAGGAGACAUAGUAAGAGGAAGGCAAUCGCUGUGGCAGCCAGUGAUGAUGAGAGCAUCAGUAUGAGUAUUCCGUUGCUUCAGUUGGUCCAGCAACUAUUGAGGAAUGCUUCUUCAUUGACUUUAUCAAAGCUCCAGGAGCUCUCGGCUGAAUUCAACAAGAUGGAGCCCCACCCUGAUAAAUCAUCUGGAGUCAAAUCCACCUCCCUGGAGCUCCUUCUUAAGUUCCAGCGGCUCCUGGUUCAUACACUAUUCCCCUACGAGGAAGAGAAACAAAAGGCUUGCGCUCAAGGGAUUGAUGCAGAGCUGUUAGGUGCUGGAUCGUUGUUGAAGAAGUACAUUACAUUACUAGUAACGCAUAUCAAAGACAUCAUGCCAACAGCCACUAACCUUGCUGGAAGAUCUCCCAAACAAUUUGCAUCAGUAGCAGACAUCAUUCAAUCUGACUUAUCAGGUGUUUUGCUUCCCGAGUUGGUGACCUGUUUGGUGUUGCUCCAGACCAAAUGUCCUUUGAUCAUCCAGCGUUGUGGAGCUGUCACUGUUCUAUCUGGUCUCUUGGAUACCUUAGAUUCUUUCAAUCGUUUAGCUCCUGCUCUUGAGAAAGAGGAUUCUGAUGAUCUAGCCUGGCCUGGUCUCUCUGCUCCUACUAGAACGCCUGUGAGUCUACCAUCUGAACCAAACUCCCCUGAUGAGCUUCCAAUGAUCCGUAAAGCAGAUCUUGAGAACCAUAACAAGGAUGGUGGGCUGUGGGUUGUCAUCGACAGCAAGGUGUAUGACUUGAAAGACUUUCAUGAAGGAGCUCCAUGUGGAAGUGAUACCCUACAGCAGUAUGCAGCUCGGGAUGCUACAGAGGCUUUCCAUGCUGCUCAUGAAUCACCAGAGGUGCUCCAGCUAAGAGAACAGUAUCUUGUUGGAGUGUAUGUAGAGCCUGAGCAGGAUGAAGUCUUGAUGUCUACCAGCAGUGUGAUUUCAUCUCCCUUGAUGGAUACCGAGAGAGCUCUGGGACUUUUACUUGGCCUUCAUUCUUGCCAUCAAGCCAGGAGCCUUCCUCUCACACCUCCAGAGGUGGAGUACCAGACAUGGCUCAAGUCACGUCUCUUCAGUAGUGGCAUGCAGCUUGGCCAGCGACCCAGCUUCUUUGAUCGUGGGAGUGAAUCCGACCGUUCUGCGGAACAGACCCCAUCCAUGAUGACUUCACCCCUGCAAGGUUUAGCACCACAGCUCCACAAACUAGAAGACAACAUGAAGUCGUUUUCACGUUGCGCCUCACAGGCGGACAUCGCCAAACCCUUCCUGCAGGCCCUUGCAGAAGGUCGUCUCCAGGACAUCAAUGUGAAGACAUUCCUUGCUCAGUGUGAUAGAUACUGUCGCUCACAUCAUCACACACUACCCAUUGAGUUCUCACCAACCCACAGCAUUGAGGUAGUUUGCCGUCUGUUGAUGGCUUGUAUUCUCAAGCACCAUGAUCUAGGACAUGUUGCUCUGGCUGUAGUAGAACAUAGUCUUCAGACAGAAGGUGUCCCAACGGUUGUACACAGACAUCAUCACACCUUUGUACCAAGAUCCAUUGCUGAUGUCUGUAAGGUGGCAUUCCAGGCCAAACGCAAUCUUGUCAAGACUCAUCAGGAGAAGUCUAUAGGGUAUGAAGAACUAUGCAUGCCUGUGAUAGAGAGACUAAGGUUUCUGUUUAAUGAGCUCCGACCAGCCAUUGCCAAUGAGGUGUCGGCUCUAUCACGUCUCAAGGUUCUUAACACACCACCAAGAUGGAAAAAGGUUGUACAGAGAAUGAUCAGAGAAAAACGAGCAGCAGCCUCUGCAGGAGGAGCAAGAGGAGACAAGGAGUACAAAGAGAGCCAGCUCAAGGCCGAAUGUGAUCCAUCUGAUGAACCAGACUCGAUGACAUCAUCUACCACAUCUACCACAUCAGCUACCACACCUACCACAGGCCCUACCACACCGGCAGGGGCUCCUAAUGGUGGAGUGGUCAAGAUCUUCCCUGGUAAACCAAGUCAACAUGGCAAGACAGAAAGGAAACUCAAAGAUAGGGAUUCCUGGAAAUCAGUAGCCAAUGCCAUCACCAGCGCUCGUAAGUUCAAAUGGUUGAGACAACGUAUGACAGGUUCUGCUUCCCAGACAGCACUCAUGACUGAGAUCAUUGAGUUUGCUAUACAAUCAGAGAAUGUCAAUGUUGAGAAACUCAGGAGAGCCCUCUACUGUCAGUUGGAGAGAGCUGAAUGUAGACUAGAAGGUUCUGAAGCCAUGAUAGCUCAGCUAAAGAAACAAGAUCUCAUCCCUUCAGUACGUUAUGCUAUGCUGUGUGGCUGGCAGGGGCUACUUGAACCAGAUAAAGAUCCAAAUGCCUCCUGGAACUGUUUGAGCAAUGUAAACCUGAUCCCUCCCUACGAUCGCAUCGUACUCCAGACCUCAUUUGCCAAACUGAACCGAUGGUCCAUCGACCACCUCCGAACCCUCAUCCUAGAGACCCAGGAGAGUCUUGAUAGUCAUGCUACCAAACCCAUGGCUCAGGGUGGUCUAGGAACACCCUUAGGGAGUGAAGAUGAGAAGGCCAUGACCUUAGGAACCCUUCCUCAAGCUCGCUUUGUUCUUGCUAUGCUUGGUCUUCUGACAACGGAGCAGCCUGCAAGUGGUAUCAGUCUCCUGCUCAACUCUGGACUAUUGGCUCUACUACAGUCACUACUCAGACUAGCUGGUCCUAAGAAAGGUAGAUUAGAGCAGGAGGAAAGCCCAGCUCCUAACACAGUGUUUGAAGAGACACGUAGUCGACCACAGCCAGCUCCUGUACCUACCAGUGGUCCUGAGUUAGCUGCUCUGAUGAAGAUUGGUACUAGGGUUGUAAGAGGACAGGAUUGGAAGUGGGGUGAUCAGGAUGGACCACCUCCAAGUGAAGGUCGAGUGAUAGGAGAGCUAGGUGAAGAUGGUUGGAUACGAGUCCAGUGGGAUACUGGUAGCACUAACUCUUAUAGAAUGGGUAAAGAAGGAAAGUAUGAUCUGAAGCUAGCUGGUCCACCUCCUAUGAUGGAACUAACUGAAGAUGAGAAAGAUUGCAUCAUUGAUCCAGCUGAGAGUAAGAUGUUGGUUGAGUGUAUGAUGCCCACUGAUCUGAUCCGUCAUUGCUGUAUCUGCCUCCUCCGCUUGUUAUCCCUAAGCUGUGGUGUCCAUGCUGAUAGUGUCCAAAGAGAUGCUACCAGGGUACUAUGUGGUCAGUUACAGUCACUGGUCAGUGUUGGAACCACUGCAGCCACACCAACUAAUGGAGAGCAACCACUGGCAAGCAUCCUAGCUCAUCAGCAAUACAAAGAAUGGUGUAGUCUUGGAUUCAUCAAGAGCAUCUCAUCAUGUUCAGGUCUAUCCGUAGCACUGAGUACACCAUCAUGGAUUGAUCUACUCUUUAGCCUUCUCAAAGCUGAUCAAGUUCAACCACUCAAUAUUACUACUCAGAUCUUAGGCUUGCGUCUUCUGCAGACUGUUCUACCAGCAUGGUCUGAGAAUGAGUCCCAGGACAGAACUGAAGAUCUUGUCUCAAGAUUGUUUGGUGUCCUUGGAACCUGUAUGCUAACAUGCUGCUCAGAUACACCCUCUCCUAUAUAUGAGUUUGGCAAGAAACCCAAGGCUGGAAGCAAAGCUAAGGUUUCCCUGACUGCACCAUUUGCCAGCACCGUAGCUGAGGAGAUUGUCCUCUUACUUAGGAAGCUUCAUAUGCUACCAGCAUGGAAUCUCUACAUCAACAAGUAUAUCAAUCAGAGACUCUGUAGAGUGGUUUCCAUGGUUACAGAUGAAGCUGGCCCUCAGCCUGGAGAACAUGAAUCCUACCGUUUUUAUCAAGGUGAAGUGAUGGCUGUUCUAGCCAUGAUAGGAGGAGUGGAUGACCGUCCAAGAUUAGGUGGUCAAGUAAAACAUGAAGAGUAUGGAGUAGGGACAUUGGUCAGCAUGGCUGCUAAUGGAAGAUUGACCGUUCAGUUUGAAGGUCAAAGAGUGUGGAGAGUCUGUCGCAUCUCAACGCUAUCACCAGUUGUAUCAAUCCCAUUCUGUGUUGAGAAGUUAGUCUUGACUCCAGCUGUUCUUGAUAUGUGGAGUCAGUUGAUCAGCCUUGCUGCUAAUGGUUUCAGAAUCCAUCGAGGCUCAAUGAGCAGAGAUAACAGUGGAAGUACACUAAGCUCAGUGGAACAUGAAGGAAUUGAUCUCCAGCUUCUCCGCAAGCAACAGAUGCGUCUUGGUCUGCUCCAGGCUGCUCGGAAGGUGUUCAGUCGCCAAGACAACCUCCGCCAACUCCUCUCCUUGACGACGGCAGCAUGGGAUAUGACCUCACCUAGCAGCGGAGGUACAUCAUCAUCAGAGGAGGGUAGUAGUCCUGAUGAGAUAGGAACCAUAGAGAGGUAUACACUUCUACAACAGCUCAUGUGUGCUGCUACUCAACCAUCACCGGUCAAGGCUCUCUUCAUCAGACAGGAAUUAAAAUGCGCUGCACUAGCCCUGACCCAGCACUUGGUGAAGGAGGCCUUCUGUCCAUUGAAUGGAUCUGACCAGGAGCCUAUCAUAGUCAAGACUGACUUUACUCCAUCACCAGCCAUGGAGACUGUAGGUCUCCUUCCUAAGUUGCUCCGUUCACAUCGUGCUAAACCCCUGGAGCAGCCACCGUCUCCUCUGGUCACUCAGAUGAUGGAGAUGGGUUUCCCAAGGAAGCAUGUAGAGUUUGCUAUCAAGGCUAUCACUGGUGUAUCCGAUGCUCAACCCGGUCCUGAGGCUGUAGUCAAUUGGUUGGUUGAUAAUCCUAACAUUCAGAUCCCACCUGAUGUAUCUGAUGUAGAGAGUAAUUCCUCCUAUGAUAACUGCUCUGACUCCGAUCUCAACAUUGAUGAUGAAUUUGAAGACCUUGAAACAGACUAUGAACAGUUGUUAUCACCCGAGACGACAGUGUUCAAGAAGAGAAGUGAUUUCUUGAGCAAUGAUGACUUUGCUAUGUACGUUAGAGAUCAUAUACAGGUUGGGAUGAUGGUGAGAUGCUGUAGGACAUAUGAAGAGGUUCAAGAAGGUGACAUUGGAAAGGUUGUUAAGCUUGAUCGUGAUGGUCUUCAUGACCUGAACGUCCAAGGAGACUGGCAUCUGAAAGGUGGUACCUACUGGGUGAGAUACAUCCACGUAGAGUUACUAGGAUUCCAGCCCCAGUGUGCUCCUGGAUCCAACAUCAAGGUCGGUGAUAGGGUUAGGGUCAAGAGGUCAGUCUCUGCUCCAAGGUAUAAAUGGGGAUCAGUCAACCAUCAGAGCAUUGGAACAGUCACUGGGUUCAAUGCGAAUGGUAAAGACGUGACAGUAAACUUUCCUCAGCAGCCUCAUUGGACUGGUCUGGUUUGUGAGAUGGAAUUGGUUCUUAGCACACAUCCUGGAAUAACGUGUAAUGGAUGCAGUCAGAGUCCUAUUGUUGGCCUGAGAUUCAAAUGUAAGACAUGCGGAGAGUUCAACUUCUGUGAGAACUGCUUCAGAACUAAACGCAAUCAUAGGCAUACCUUCAUGAGGAUAUCAGAACCUGGUGUAUCCCCAGUGAAUGUAGGUCGACCAGGACGUAGCUGCAGUAAGAAGGCUCCUCCAGCCGGCUCCCUGAUAGAGGAAUGGUCACGCUGUGUUAAGAACCUAACAGUGUCAUCUAAAGAAGGUCAAAUGUCACGUCUUAUUGAUGGUAAUCCUAACACUUACUGGCAGUCAUCAGGAUCACAGGGAAAGCAUUGGAUCCGUCUUGAGAUGCACAACGAUGUUCUCCUCCACCGUCUUCGGAUGGUAGUAGACCCCAAUGAUAGCUCCUAUCAACCUUCUCUUAUCAUCAUAUCUGGUGGUGAUACUAUCUCAGGAGUGAGAGAAUUAAAGACUAUCAGAGUUAGUCCAUCAGAGUCAAUGGUUACCCUCCUACAAGAUUGCACUGAGUUCCAUCGUUUCUUAGAGAUUGCUGUCAAGCAGUGUAAAUCAAGUGGUAUAGACUGCAAGGUCCAUGGUCUCUCCAUCAUAGGCCGAUCCAGACCAGAUGAAGAUGACCUCGCAUCAACAUUUGCUUUCAUGUCUUCGGACAAUGAGGAUGACCAUAGUACAAACAUGAUGACUAGACUGUCAUCAAGACAACGGUCAGCGGGUGACCAUGCUGGUAGCAGGGAGAUACAGACUAAGGUGUUUGUAUGGGGUCUGAAUGAUAAAGACCAACUGGGAGGACCACGAGGGUCAAAGAUCAAGACACCUGUUUUGAAUGACUUCCUGUCUAGUCUGAAGGUUGUGUGCUGUGCUGGUGGAUCAAAGAGCCUCUUUGUUGUUACUGCUGAGGGUAAGGUGUAUGCCUGUGGAGAAGGAACCAACGGACGAUUAGGGUUAGGAUCAUCACAGAAUGUAGACAUCCCACGUCAGGUCAAUGGACUCUCACAGUAUGUAGUCAAGAAAGUAGCUGUGCAUUCUGGUGGUCGUCAUGCUAUGGCAUUGACUGUAGAUGGCAAGGUAUUCUCAUGGGGAGAAGGAGAUGAUGGCAAACUUGGACAUCUUAGUAGAAUGAACUGUGAGAAGCCACGUCUUCUUGAAGCUCUGAAGACCAAGCGAAUCCGAGACAUAGCUUGUGGUAGCUCACACAGUGCAGCAGUCACAUCUAGUGGUGAGCUGUAUACAUGGGGCCUAGGAGAGUAUGGUAGACUAGGACAUGGUGAUAGUACUACACAACUUAGACCUAAACUGGUGAAAGCACUGGUUGGUAAGCGUGUGAUCCAGGUUGCCUGUGGAAGCAGAGAUGCACAGACCUUGACCUUGACAGAUGAAGGAAUGGUCUACUCCUGGGGUGACGGUGACUUUGGAAAGCUAGGGCGGGGUGGUAGUGAAGGAUGCAGCGUACCUCACAAUGUAGAGAGAUUGAAUGGUCAAGGAGUGAUACAGAUUGAAUGUGGUGCACAGUUCUCAUUGGCUCUCACCAAGGCUGGUCAAGUAUGGACAUGGGGUAAAGGUGAUUACUUCCGUCUUGGUCAUGGAACUGACUCUCAUGUCCGCAAGCCUCAGGUUGUAGAAGGUCUGAAAGGCAAGAAAAUAAUCCAUGUCGCGGUGGGAGCACUGCAUUGUCUAGCAGUCACCGAUACAGGACAGGUAUAUGCCUGGGGAGAUAAUGACCAUGGCCAGCAAGGUGAUGGGACCACUACGGUCAACAAGAAGCCUGCCCUCGUUCAAGGUCUAGAAGGGGUCCGUAUCACAAGGGUAGCUUGUGGAUCCUCCCACAGUAUCUCCUGGGCAACUACCGACACAGCCAUUCCUUCAAUGCAUGAACCUGUUCUCUUCACGACACCAAGAGAUCCACUAGGUGCUACAGAAUUAGGUGUAUUUGGAGACCCAGGUCAAGAGGCAGCUGAUAAGAGUUCUUCCAUUGGAGGUAGUUCAUCUAAACAAAGGCCUUCUCUUGCCAAGGUAGUACUGUCCCUUGACAGCAAUAUCACCAAGCAACAAGCACUUAGUCAGAUCUUGACUACUCUACAGAUCAUCUAUGCCAGAGAUGCUGUAGUUGGUUCCCUGAUGUCAAGAACAGACACUAGUAUGUCUGAAUCAGAAGGUAAUUCUAUUGUCCCAUCACCCAACGAUCAAAGCCCUCUAUCAGCCGUCACUAGCCCCAUGGGUCUGGGUAGGAUGAUGGCGGCAGGAGACGCUGCUGCUGGCAUGGAUUUACCUGGAGACAUUGAUUCAGAUCGUCCUGGUCCAUCUAGUAUCAACAGACACUCCUCAAUUGUAGCAGAGACUAUCACCAGUGCAGACCAGGUAACAAGUCCUGAAGAGCAAGGAGGUGGCGCAAUCAUCUUACACAGUCUAGAUGAAUUCACUGGUAAACUACAACCUGAUGAUGCUCGUAUCUUGGUUGAUCUUCUCAAGCUAGCAGUAGCAGGACGAUGUGGAGAGCAUAGUCAACAGGCCAUCUCAGAUACACUUACUGCUAUGGCUAAGGCUUAUCCUGAGGUUGCUGACAUGUUGCUAGAACUAUGUGUAACAGAGCUAGAGGAUGUAGCAGCAGACACUAAGGCAGGUCACUCAGCUAUGCAACCAGUCAUCCAAGAGAGCUCCCAUCCUUACGCCGACGAUACCACCCUCGUUGGUAACGUCCGCAUUCCAGGUGCUGAAGCACUUCGUGUAGAAUUUGACCGCCAGUGCUCAACGGAACGACGACAUGAUCCCCUGACCAUCAUGGAUGGUGCUGGUCGAACAGUAUCUGUGCGGUCCGGCAGAGAGUGGUCCGACUGGUCAGCAGAGCUUCGUAUCGCAGGAGAUGAGCUGAAAUGGAAGUUUACGAGCGAUGGAUCUGUCAAUGGCUGGGGAUGGAGGUUGACAGUGUUCCCUAUGAUGCCUGCUGCAGCACCGAAACACCUGUUAUCUGAUAGAGCUAUCCUAUCUCAACCAUCUAUUGAUCUAGUCACCUGUCUCCUAGACUUCAGAUUGGAAACCAGUCGAGAUAAGAAGAUCAUGCCAAGACUGGCUGCAGCAUUGGCUGCUUGUGCUCAGCUAAGUACUCUAGCUGCUGCACAGAGAAUGUGGGCAUUGCAGAGACUUAGGAAGCUCAUCUCUACAGAGUUCAAAGGUCAUCUCAAUGUAGAUGCUAUCUUAUGCCAACAUGAACAACAGACAGACAGCUCCUCAUCCUUUGGGGAUUUCAGUGGCACUGCACUGGCAGCAUUGGUGAAGGGAUUACCCGAAGCACUCCAGAGGCAGUACGAGUAUGAGGAUCCUAUUGUAAGGGGAGGAAAACAUCUCUUACACAGCCCAUUCUUCAAGGUGCUUGUCGCCCUAGCCUGUGACCUCCAGCUGGACUCCUUACCCUGCUGUGCUGAAUCCCAUCGAUGGGCUUGGUUCAGACGAUACUGUAUGGCCGCUAGGGUAGCUGAGUCUCUUGAGAAUCGAACCACACUGACCAGGGUGUUUGGUGAAGAGGUUAUGAAGAAGGUUACUCAGAUCAGUGCUGACUGGGAGGAUCCUUCCAAUGAACAUGAGAGUCAUAAGAUCUUCAAGAGAGAACAAGAUGAACAGAUACUGCUAUGGAUGAAUAGACGAUCUGAUGACUGGACAUUGUCCUGGGGAGGCAGUGGAACCAUCUACGGCUGGGGUCACAAUCACAGAGGUCAACUAGGUGGUAUUGAAGGGGCAAAGGUCAAAGUUCCUACUGCUAUCGAGUCAUUGACCUCUCUCAGACCAAUCCAGAUCGUUGGUGGUGAACAGACAUUGUUUGCUGUUACAGCUGAUGGCAAAUUAUAUGCUACAGGGUAUGGUGCCAGCGGUCGUCUAGGAAUCGGAGGAACUGAUUCAGUCUCCACACCAACCUUAUUAGAAUCCAUCCAACAUGUUCAUAUCAAGAAGGUUGCUGUCAACUCUGGUGGAAAGCACGCCCUCGCUCUGUCCGUUGAGGGAGAGGUGUACUCAUGGGGUGAAGGAGAGGAUGGCAAGCUGGGUCAUGGAAACAGAACCCAAUGUGAUAGACCUCGCGUGAUAGAGAGUCUUCGUGGUAAGGAGGUGAUUGAUAUAGCUUGCGGUGGUGCUCAUAGUGCGUGUGUAACAUCUAGUGGUGAACUCUACACUUGGGGGAAGGGAAGGUAUGGUAGACUGGGACACGGAGACAGUGAAGAUCAACUCAGACCAAAGAUGGUUGAUGCCCUGAAAGGCUACCGAGUCAUUGACGUAGCCUGCGGCAGUGGCGACUCCCAGACGCUAUGUAUAUCAGAUGAUGAUAACGUCUGGUCAUGGGGAGAUGGUGACUAUGGCAAGCUAGGUAGAGGAGGAAGUGAUGGUUGUAAGGUACCUCAGAAGGUUGAUGCUUUGAGUAGUCUUGGUGUAUGUAAGGUGGAGUGUGGAUCACAGUUCUCCAUCGCUCUCACAAAGUCUGGAUGUGUAUAUACAUGGGGCAAAGGUGACUACCAUCGUCUAGGUCAUGGAUCAGAUGAUCAUGUACGGCGCCCUCGUAAGGUAGCUGCUCUACAGGGAAAGAAGAUCAUCUCAAUAGCGACUGGUUCACUACACUGUGUGGCUUGUAGUGAUCAAGGAGAGGUGUAUACCUGGGGUGAUAAUGAUGAAGGUCAGCUUGGUGAUGGAACCACCAAUGCUAUCCAGAGACCGAGGAUUGUAACUGCUCUACAAGAUAAGAAGAUCACCAACGUUGCUUGCGGCUCUGCCCACACCGUCGCCUGGUCCACCAGCAAACCCCUUCACGCCGGCCGUCUACCCCAGACCGUCCCCAUGGAAUACAACCUCCUUAGAGAGAUCGCUAUCCCAGUCAUCAGGAAUAGAUUGGUCCUUCUUCAUCAUUUCUCAGAACUCUUCUGUCCAUCCAUACCUAUGUUUGAUAUGAGAGAUAAACAGGAUAGUUCUACUGCAGGGAUGGGUAUCCUGGUUGGCAUCGAUGCUCUCAGAGGUCUUCUGGUGUCUUCUGGAAAGGAAGCAGCAUUCCGUAAGGUAGUCCAAGCCACCAUGGUGAGAGAUCGUCAACAUGGACCGGUCAUUGAGCUGAAUAGGAUACAGGUCAAGAGGUCAAGGAGUAAAGGUGGUCUAGCUGGACCCGAUGGAACCAAGUCAGUCUUUGGUCAAGCUUGUUCCAAGUUGAGUCAGUUUGGUGCUGAUAGUCUUCUCCUGCCACACAGGGUUUGGAAGGUCAAGUUUAUAGGUGAGAGUGUUGAUGAUUGCGGAGGAGGUUACAGUGAAUCUAUCGCUGAGAUGUGUGAUGAGCUUCAGAAUGGUUCAGUACCUCUCCUUGUCCUUACACCCAAUGGAAGAGAUGAAGCUGGAGCUAACAGGGAUUGCUUCCUUCUCAAACCUACAGCAAGAUCACCAACACAUCAAAGCAUGUUCAAGUUUCUGGGUAUUCUGAUGGGUAUAGCAAUCCGUACUGGAAGCCCUCUCAGUCUCUCCUUAGCUGAACCUGUCUGGAAGCAGUUAGCUGGUAUGCCUCUCACCGUGGCUGAUAUCACUGAGGUUGACAAGGACUAUGUAGCAGGUCUGAUGUGUAUCCGUGAUAUGGAAUCUGAUGCUGAAGCUUUUAAUCAGAUGGAUAUGCCUUACAGUACUCCUAGUGCUACUGGUCAAGAUGUACCUCUCAAUACCAAGUACUCAAGAAUCACUGCUGAUAACAGGAAUGAAUACGUCAGAGCAGCUCUCAACUACAGAUUGGGUGAGUUUGAUGAUCAGGUACAAUGGGUGAGAGAAGGUAUGGCAAGGGUCAUUCCUGUGCCUCUACUAUCCCUCUUCACUGGAUCAGAGCUAGAAACCAUGGUGUGUGGAAGUCCUGACAUACCCCUAGACUUGUUGAAAUCAGUAGCAACGUACAAGGGUAUUGAUGCCACUGCUCCACUGGUGACAUGGUUUUGGGAGAUCAUGGAAGACUUCACCAACAAUGAACGUUCUCUCUUCUUACGAUUCGUCUGGGGACGUACAAGGCUACCUAGGACUAUCGCUGACUUCAGAGGAAGGGACUUUGUACUGCAGGUGUUGGACAAAUACAACCCACCAGACCACUUCCUCCCUGAAUCCUACACAUGCUUCUUUCUUCUCAAACUGCCACGAUACUCCUGCCGUGAAGUACUCAGAGAGAAGCUCAAAUAUGCCAUCUACUUCUGUAAGUCCAUCGACACUGAUGACUACGCUCGCAUUGCCUUGACUGGGGAAGCCGCAGGAGGGGAAUCAUCGUCUGAAGACAUUGAGGAGGAUGAGCUUGAUAGCAUAGACUUUGAUUCUGAGGUUGUGGAAUUGGCUUGAGUAGGAGCUUGAAGUUGAGGAUGUGAUUUGCUCAUUCUAUAUCAAAAGGAGACUUGAGAUGAAGCAAGAUAACAUUCAUAUGUAAUAGAGAAUGGUUUUAACCACUGUUACUGAAAAAAACCAAUCUUUAUAAUUUGAUAUACAAUUGUGGAUUUGUGAUUGAAUGCAACAUAAAUGUGUGUUAUCAUGUAUUUGAAAUUUUGACUUCUUUUUGCCAUCGACAGGCUUUAUACCAUGCAGUGUGGUGUGAUGUUAACAAGGACUCCAUUUGCCUUUAAUAGAAAAUAAUUGUCAAUGUUAAACAUAUAUAUUUGCCGUGAUUUCUGAAAUUAAAAAUCUUCACAACAAAGGAUUGUUCACUUACUUUGUAAUGACAAGAUAGUGUGAAUAUAUACAGUAGAUAUGAAUUGUACUUCAAAUCCAAUGCCCCUUCCCAAUAUGCAGAGUAGUUGAAUCAGCUUAUUUAAACAAUUUCUUUUUUUAUAUAUCAUAUUCAUUAUGUUCAAAGAGUCUAUAAAGAGAUUAAAUCCAGCCUUGUUUUGUAUUGAAAGGUUAUAUACAAAUAAAUUACUAAAUUCAUGAAAAGUGCAGGCAUAUAUUCUAGAUCUUUUUAGUCAGAAUAUAGUGCUUCUGCUUGAUUUUUUUUUUUUAAGUAUACAUUUCUUGUAUUAAACUCAAAUGAAUAUGUAGCAUUUAUUUCUAGCUGGUAAUAAAAGUCUAGUCAUGAUAGAGAUUAAGGCAAACCAAAUAUGAUUACUUCAUUACUGCAGUUAGGCUGUUCUACAUGUAUAGUCUAUAGUAAAUGAUCUUUAUCUUUUAUCAUUCCAUAUUUGCAUUUUGUUAAGAAUAAACCCUUUGAGCUCUUUGGGAGCAAAGUUGAGAGAUAUAUGUUAUUUUUUUUUCCUUUAAGUAUAAGAGAUAAGAACUGAUGCAUUGUAGAUUUUAUUUUUUACUUUAAUGUGUUCUGUAUACUGGUGUACACUGGUACUUGAAUGUGUAUUUAUAUAUCUGUAUAAAAUAGUAUUUGAUUUAUUGUUCAAUUAUCAGAAGACAUUUUUUUAAGUGAAAUGUAACUCUUUAUCCAUUUUGCAGUGGAACACAUUGGAUAUUAUAAAAAAAAGAAAAAGGAGAAUACAUUGCUUUUAUAAUGGAGCCCAAUUGAGGGUUUAUUGUCUUUAAUAUGUUGGUUGAUGAUAAAUUCAUGCAUUGAUUGUUUGUUCUUUCUGCCAAGAAUUAGAGAUUGAUGUGCAACAAAAUAUGCAGCUGUAAACUCAAAGAACUCUACAUUUUAACAGCAUUCAAUAGUGUUCCUGUAUUGGAGAUUUUGUGAUGGUGUAUCCAUGUUAGUAAAGAAUGACUAAUUGCAUUGAUCAUUCUAAUUCAUUUUGAUAUGGAAUGCAAGUUUUGCAAUUUUGCCUCUCAUUUUAUCCACUUUUGUUAUUUUUGCUUGUUUCUUUGUUGUAAUGUGAUGAUUUAAAAGAAAGGGUCAUUUCAUUUGUGAUUAUCUUAAUCAAAUUCAUGUGCCAUGAAACUGAUAACUGUGUGGAUAUGAAAAAAAUAAUAAAAAGUUUGUAAUGGAUCUCGUUUUGUAAUGGAUCUCGUUUUGCAUUUGAUUGUUCUAUGUUCUAGCCUUAAAGGUUAUAAUUUCUAUUAGCAUUGUGUGUAUAUUCAUUUUGUUUUGCACAUUGCAUGCUUGACAUGUUUAAUACCAUGUACAAACAAUUGUAAACAUGCAUAACUUAUGUUGAAAUAUGUUUAUAAAUUAUGACAUCAUUUUGAACUUAAAAGAGAUCAAAAUUGAUGACUUUGAAUAUUUCUCAAUUGAUAAAAAUGUCAGUUACCAUGUGAAUAUUUGGUGUAUAUUUAUGUAUUUAGUUUUUUAUAGCAUAAAGAAAUAUAUAUUCUUUUUGUAUUACAAUUAAAGCCCCAAUGAUAAUCAUAACAAUUUAAAAAUAUUUUGUUCCAUUUUUUUUCUUGUUCAGAAUUAUUGAUUCUUUUUCAUCACAAAUGUUCAUGAGUGUUUAAAGAUGCAAUAUCAUUCAACUAUUAAUAUGAUAAAUAUGUCUUUAAGUAUUUACUUGUUGAGUACCUUGUGUAAAUAUUGUUUAUAAUUGUGUUACAAGUAAUUAGCAUAUUACAUGUGCUUAACAAAGUGGGAUUGUAUACAUGUAUUAGGAUUUUUGGCUCAAAGAUUAGAAAAACUGAUAAAAAUUGUAUAUUGUAACAGUUUUCUAAUGCAAUGUUUGUACAUCUUGUAGAUUCUUGGCUUAACUUUGAGUGGAUUGUUUUCUCCAAGUCAACUUACUACAAUUAAAAUGAUGAAAACCUAAAGAGCGUUUUAGGUGAAGCUGGUAUAAUGUUGUGUAAUGGUGAUUUUUUUUUAGCAUGAAGAAAAGCAAGUUGAAAAAACAGUGUUAUACUUCUUAAUGCAGAUUUGAGACUGAUCUGGAUAUAUAUUGAUUAUUAUCAUUUGUAUAUCAAAUAGUUAUAUCCUUAUAGUUGUAUGUUGGCAAAUACAAGUGUAAAAAUCUCAAUAUUUUUUAUUCAGUUUGUAAUGCAAUGAUUUUUACCUGGUAUAAUAAUGUCACUCUCACUCUUUUGUCAUAUACAAACUGUGCAUAGUGCAUAAUCAGAAAAAUGUGUGAAAUAAAUGUGUUUAUUAAAGAUCUUUACUGAUAAAUAGAAAAGAAUAAACCUUGAUGGGUGUGAAGAGAAUUGAAACUGUGAUAUUUGUGUGCAUAUAUGUGAAAUAAAAGUGCUAUUUAGCAGCUAUUGAAAAAGGGAA